ACUGCUUCUUCACACGACACAACACAACAAAUCAACAAUCAACACCACUUUUAGCCCAUAGAUAUCAACAUUUUUCCAUUAUUUCAUCAUCAUCAUCAUCUGCACCGGACGGACCUCCACUUAAAUCAAUGUUGCAAUGUAUUUUCUAUAAAGAGUAGAUUUUGAUAAUUAUAAUUUGUGCAUGCAUUUAUGAGCAGAUUAUAAAGAAAACAAAGCAGAUUUUGAGCCAAGAUUUCAUGCAUAUUUCCCUCUAAUUCCACUUACCUUCUCAUUCAAUUUUAAUACUGCUUGUUUUCUUUGCUUGUACGUUUGAAACAUGUUGUUAUAUAUUUAGCACACUCGCACUCACCAUUUCAUGGUAGAGUGUGGAGGAGUCAAAAUUUUGCUAGUUGUGGAGUAGUGGAAUGGUGGUGGGGCGGUGGUGGUGGUUUGGGUUGGUGGUGGUAGCGACGGCGGUAGGUGGUGGCGAUGUAACCUAUGAUGGAAAGUCGCUCAUUGUUGAUGGGCAACGGAAGCUUCUCUUCUCUGGUUCAAUUCAUUAUCCAAGAAGCACUCCUCAUAUGUGGCCGUCUCUGAUUUCGAAAGCCAAAGCAGGGGGACUGGACGCCAUCGAUACCUAUGUGUUCUGGAACCUUCACGAGCCUCAACCAGGCCAGUAUGAUUUCAGUGGAAGACGUGAUAUAGUGAGAUUUAUAAAGGAAGUGGAAGCACAAGGUCUCUAUGUCUGCCUUCGGAUUGGUCCCUUCAUUGAGAGUGAAUGGUCCUAUGGAGGGCUUCCCUUCUGGCUGCACGACGUCCCGGACAUUGUAUUUCGAUCCGACAACGAGCCAUUUAAGUUUUACAUGCAAAAUUUUACGACGAAAAUAGUAGACAUGAUGAAGUCUGAGAGAUUAUAUGCUUCACAAGGAGGUCCUAUUCUACUGUCUCAGAUUGAGAAUGAGUACCAAAAUGUAGAAAAGGCGUUCCACGAUAAAGGCCCACCGUAUGUCCAUUGGGCUGCAGCGAUGGCUGUGGGCCUUGAGACCGGUGUGCCGUGGGUCAUGUGCAAGCAAGAUGAUGCUCCGGAUCCUGUGAUCAAUGCAUGCAAUGGGAUGAGAUGUGGAGAAACAUUUGUAGGACCAAAUUCACCAAAUAAGCCGGCAAUUUGGACAGAAAACUGGACACACUUCUAUGACAUAUACGGCAAUAAAACAAAAAUCAGAUCAGCUCAGGACAUUGCAUAUCAGGUUGCUCUGUUCAUUGUAAAGAUGAACGGCAGCUACAUAAACUACUACAUGUAUCAUGGAGGAACUAAUUUUGGCAGGAUGGCCUCUUCGUUUGUGAUAACCAGUUAUUAUGAUCAAGCUCCACUGGAUGAGUAUGGUUUGACCCGGCAGCCAAAAUGGGGUCAUCUCAAGGAGUUGCAUGCAGCAGUAAAGCUGUGCUCAGAUACCCUACUAUAUGGACAACAAUCAAAUUUCUCUCUGGGUGCACUGCAAGAAGCAUAUGUAUAUUCUAGAGAUAACAGAGAAUGUGCAGCAUUUCUCUUUAACAUGGACAAGGUGAAUGAUGCAGAGGUCCAAUUUCUGAAUAGAACAUUUCAACUUCCUGCUAAAUCAAUUAGCAUCUUGCCUGACUGCACAAACGUGGCAUUCAACACGGCCAAGGUAAGCACCCAAAUGAGUACAAGAUCAACGCAAAAAGCUGUGGGGUUGGACUCACCAGAGAUAUGGAAAGAAUGGAAUGAAGCUAUUCCAGCAUUUGAUGAUAGUUUGUUGAGAUCAGAUUCACUGUUAGAGCAGAUGAACACUACAAAAGAUGCAUCUGAUUAUCUAUGGUACACUACCAGCUAUCAGCAAUCCGAGGACUCACAAUCUGUGAUCACUGUAAACUCUCGCGGCCAUGUAUUACACACAUUCGUCAAUGGAGCGCUCGUUGGUUCUGCACAUGGGGCCUUUAGAAACCAAAGUUUCACUCUGGAAACCACUGUUCCUUUAAACAGUGGACUGAACAAUAUCUCCUUGCUGAGCAAUAUGGUUGGGCUACCGGAUUCAGGGGCAUUUUUGGAGCGAAGAGCUGCUGGAUUGCACACUGUGACCAUUCAAGAAAAUCAAGUCGUCAAAAAUUUGACCAACUAUUCAUGGGGAUAUCAGGUUGGAUUACUAGGAGAGAGGUUACAGUUUCACACAGAAGAAGGAUCAAGCCAUGCACAAUGGUUGAAUUUUAACUCCUCUUCUCAGCCACUUACAUGGUAUAAGUCCAAAUUUGAUGCACCUGGGGGUAAUGAUCCUGUUGCGCUAAAUCUUGGCUCUAUGGGAAAAGGUGAAGCAUGGAUUAAUGGUGAAAGUAUUGGCCGGUAUUGGAUCUCCUUUCAUACACCAGAUGGCUCUCCUUCACAAAUAUGGUAUCAUAUACCAAGAUCCUUCCUCAAACCUACAGAUAACCUGUUAGUAUUGUUUGAAGAAGAAAUUGGCAAUCCUCUUGGCAUAUCAGUAGACAUUGUUUCAAUAUCAAAAGUAUGCGGACAUGUGUCAGAUUCUAAUCCACCUCCAGUAGUUUCAUGGAGAAGAGAAAUGCCAAGCCAUAAUAAGCACCAUGGAAGAAGACCUAAAGUUCAGCUUCGUUGUCCUUCAGAAAGAAAUAUCUCAAAAAUUUUAUUUGCAAGUUUUGGAAGCCCUUCAGGUGAUUGCAAAAGUUAUGCUGUUGGGAGCUGUCACUCAACCAAUUCCAUGGCUGUCGUGGAGAAAGCUUGUCUAGGAAAGAAGAUGUGUUCAAUUCCUUGGUCAAACAAAAAAUUUGGAGGUGACCCAUGUCCAGGAAUUCCAAAAAGAUUGCUGAUUGAGGCUGAAUGCCAAUGAUAAUGGUUACAGUAUCUUCCCGGACUAACAUAUACUACAGUUCAGAACAGGAAACACACACAUACAAAUUAUUGAUUCGAACAGCUUCAGUCUGAAUAAAGAUGGGAGAAAUUUUGUAACAGCCAAGGGGCUCAACAGAAUAUCUCACAUUAUAUAUGCAUAAACUAAUUUCAGUUUCAGGUUUAUAAGUA